AUGAACCAGAUCUGGACACCGGAGCAGGUGCUGCCUGACCUGCUGCGUAGAUCUAGAAUUCUUGGCAUCAUGCUUAUGCCAAGAAAGCCUGUUGUAUUUGAGUGUCUUAAUGACAAGAAGGGCUGUCUGAGCAGACAGAAGGUGUUAACUGCCAUCCGACAAAUGCAACAGUUCCUGAAAGGGCAGGAAAAUCGGUUCACUGAUGGAAUCCGCAACAUGAAAGCCAAGCUCUCUGCCUUGCAGCUCUCUGUGACCAGACCGUCUGCAAACCAGCAAUCAGUGAUAUCAUGCCCUUCUCUGGAGGCUCCCAGGCACGGCAAGAAGUUUGGCUCCAAGUACAGCACAGAUCAUGAAGUACACUUCAUUUGCCAGCCUGGAUAUCAGCUGAGUGGCUCAAGUACCAGAGUAUGUCAGCCCAGUGGUCGAUGGACGGGGGAGAGAGCUAACUGCACAGAAAUAAACGAGUGUGCCAGCAACCCUUGCCAGAAUGGAGGGACCUGUGUGGAUGCUGUGAACCACUACACAUGCUCCUGUCCAAACAACUGGACAGGGAGCCAUUGCACGUAUCCAGUGCAGACAGGUGCUGCUGCGACAGACUGGAGUGCAUUAAGUGACCUGUCCUUCAGUCGCAAGCCCCGCUGUGCAAAGAUCGAGAGGACCCAACACUGCAGCUGUGACGCUGGCUUCCAUAUGAGUGGGACCUCUGAAAAUAGUCUGUGCCAAGAUGUGGAUGAGUGCGAGGUUUUCCAAUCGGAGGGAGUUUCCAGACUCUGCAUGCAUACCUGUGUCAACAUCCCUGGGUCGUACCGCUGCACCUGCCCAGCUGCAUACAGGCUUCUCAAUGAUGGCAGGAGCUGUGAUGAUAUAGAUGAGUGUGCAACAUCACAGCACAAUUGCACAAAGGAAGCGACUUGCAUCAACACGGGAGGAGGAUUUCAGUGUGUUAAUCCACAGUGUCCGCAGCCUCACGGGAAUGUCAGCUACGUUAAAACAUCACCAUUUCACUGUGAGCGCUACCCUUGCCCAAUGAACAGCAAGUCAUGCCACCAUGCUGCAAAAUCCAUCUCCUUCCAUUACCUCUCGAUGCCCUCCAAACUGAAGACUCCGGUCACCUUGUUCCGCAUUGCCACAACUGCCGCCCCUGGCAGUCCCGGAGCAGACAGCCUGCGUUUUGGCAUCAUAGGAGGCAGCAACCGAGGGCAGUUCGUGGUCCAGCGAUCUGACAGGCAGACAGGAGAGCUCAUCCUUGUUCAGCCUCUGGUAGGACCUUGCACCGUGGAGGUGGAUGUGGACAUGUCUGAAUAUCACAACCGCACUUUUCAGGCCAAGCAUUUGUCAAAGGUUACUCUCUUUGUCUCGGCCAACGGAUUUUGAGAGAACGGUCAGAGACCACAGAUGUUGACUCUGGAUUAGAGGGAAUUUUGGCCAUCAUUGUGGGGUGACCGUUCUGCAGAUUGAGACACCUCCCAAGUGCCACAAUAUGAAGAUCAAGACUUGCCACUCUCUGCACGUGGACUGGGUAUUGUCGAUUGUGUGUAACGCUUUGGGUUUUACAUUCACUAUAGUGACAGAACGGGCUCUUGGCUUGGAAAGAUGGCUGAAUUCUGACACUGUGGCUUAAACAAAACCAUGGAAUUUCUGUAAGUCACCCUGUUUACUGCCUAUUUCUUGCUCAUCUUCACGUUCCCAGUUUACCAGAGGAUGCUGGUUUACCUGCCAUCACCUAUUGGCUGUCCAACCCACUUUUGUCAUUAGUCUCUGGUUCCCUUGUUUACCAUCCAUCGCAGCUUCAGCAUUCACCUCAUGUUUAGGGUCCAACCACUGUGCCCUGUUCAUCUCCAGUUAACUAUCCACCCCACGUUAACUAUCCGUCUUAUAUAUCAUCCAUCUCCCUUAACCAUUACUUGCCUGUUUACCAUCCAUCCUCUGUUUAACUGCCAUCUGCUUUUUAUCAUUCAUCUCCAGUGAACCAUCAAACCUCCUAUUUAUCUUCUGUCCCUGGUUUUACCAUCUAGCUCCAUUUAACCAUCCAACCCCUGUUUACCACCCAUCUUCUGCUUCCAAUCAUUUGCCUUUGGUUAUUCAUCUCCUGAAUAUCAUUCAUCUCCCACUAACGUUCCGUCUCCUGUCCACCAUUCACCUCCUGUUCAACAUCCUUCCACGGCUUACCUUCUAUCUCCUGAUUCCCAUCCAUCCCUGCUUAACACUCAUGGUUAGAUAACCAUCCAUCUCCUAUUAUGCAUUUAUCAUCCAUUUCCCGCCCAUCUCCCGUUUCUCAUCCAUUCCUGUUUCCCAUCCAUCUCCCAUUUCCCAUCCAUCUCCCGAUUCCCGUCCAUUUCCCAUUUCCCAUCCAUCUCCCAUUUCCCAUCCACCUCCCAUUUCCCAUCCAUCUCCCGAUUCCCGUCCAUUUCCCAUUUCCCAUCCAUCUCCCAUUUCCCAUCCACCUUCCAUUUCCCAUCCAUCUCCCGAUUCCCGUCCAUUUCCCAUUUCCCGUCCAUUUCCCAUUUCCCAUCCACCUCCCAUUUCCCAUCCAUCUCCCGUUUCCCAUUCAUCCCAUUUCCCAUCCACCUCCCGAUUUCUGUCCAUUUCCCAUUUCCCA